CUUGCGGCCAGGCUAGCCUUAAACAUCUACCAAGUCCUUGCCAGUCUUGGUAUAAUCUUGUUAGCUUUGACUUGAGAGUAUCUGAAGAGGAUUGGCCAAGUAUACGAUAAUUAGACCUUGACUUGCAUAACCUACCUACCUACCUCACAAGACAUCCCAUCCAUUUACUCACUUAUCUAUAUAUACUACCUUUUACAACCUCUCUUCACGCCAUUUAGUUUUAGUUAGGUAGUUACUAAAACCCUCCCCAUUGGCCCCAGAGCAAGACCGAAUCAAGGAAUUCAAAGCCAACUUAUGGCGGACCCAUCCACGUCGCCGCCCCUGACGCGGGCCUCGGUGGCAGCGGCCCGGGAGCUUAUUAAGCCGUUCGUGCACCGGACGCCGGUGGUCACGAGCGCAUCGCUCUCGGCGCUAGCUUCCGGCACGGAUGCGGAUGCGGAUGCGGAUGCGGAUGCGGAUGCGGAUGCGGAUGCGGAUGCGGAUGCGGGAAAGGCAAAUCCGAAGCUGAGGCUCUGGUUCAAGUGCGAGAACUUUCAGAAGGUGGGCGCCUUUAAGGCCCGCGGCGCGUUCCAUGCUAUCGAGAGGCUGAAGCAAGAACCUGGCUGGUUGGAGGGGGGAGGGCCGGAGAAGGGCGUUGUUACGCAUAGUUCUGGGAACCACGCACAAGCGCUCUCCCUCGCAGCCCGCACCAACGGCAUCCCCGCGCACAUCGUAAUGCCCAAGAUCUCGGCGCCGCCCAAGAUCGCCGCGACCAAGGGCUACGGCGCCCGUGUGAUUUUCAGCGGCAGCACGAGCGUCGAGCGCGAGGCCGUCACCGCCAAGGUCAUCGAGGACACCGGCGCGCGCCUCGUGCCGCCCUACGACCACCCGGAUAUUAUUCUGGGCCAGGGCACGCUGGGCCUCGAGUUCCAGGAGCAGGUCGAGGCUCUGAUGGCCGAGGAGGACGGGAACGAGGGGGCGGAAAAGAAGACGGGGAGGAAGAAGGGGCUUGAUGCCAUUAUUGCCCCUUGUGGUGGCGGCGGUAUGCUCUCCGGUGUAGCCCUCUCCUGCGAAGGCACCGGGAUCCGGGUCUUCGGAUCGGAGCCCUCAUUCCAGGGCGCCGACGACGCGAAGCGAGGCUACGAGUCGGGCACUCGCGUGGAAACCGUGUCUUCAUUAACCGUAGCGGAUGGUCUGCGCACGCCGCUCGGUCGCAUUCCCUGGUCCGUCAUCUACGAGCGCCGCCUUGUGUCCGGCUUUUAUAGCGUCAGCGAGGCCGAUAUCAUCCGUGCGCUACGCCUCGCCUACGAGCGCCUUAAGGUCGUUAUCGAACCCAGUUCCGCCGUGCCCCUUGCCGUCGCCCUGUAUAAUGAAGACUUUAGGGCAAUGGUCGAACGCGAGGCUGGUGAGGACGGUUGGGAUGUAGGUAUUGUGUUUAGCGGAGGGAAUGUCAGUUUAGAGGCUUUGGGUAAGCUAUUCUCCGAGAGUCCUGAAAUAGCCAAGUAAAUAUAGAAAUUUUUUCUCCUUUGAAGACGUAGUGAAUAUAUAAUUAUGUGAAUUAAAUUUAUGUAUCUUGGGGUUAAAUUAGAGGGCCUUGCUAAUACUCGGCCUAUAUGAUAGAGAAGGCGGCGCUAUA